CUUGGAGAUUAGAGCACUUCUUGAGCUAGAAGAAGAAAAACAGUAUAAACUAAAAGUUUCCACUAUAGCUGCAAUGGCCGUUGUUAGAGCCUUGAUCAUGUCCUCUAAGCUAGUGCCUCGAGUACCCAUAGUGAAGACCAUGCAAUGGAGAAUUACUUCUGUUCGAUGUGCUGGUAUUGGUACAGGAAGUGGUCCACAGAUGAAUCUCAUACCUGAAGGAGAUACCAUCACAGAUAAGGUCGACGAUCAGAAGCAGAAAGGUUCCAACACCUCAAAUGACAUGUAUAUCAGCGAAGAUGAAAUCGCAGAAGCAGAAGAGCCAAUUCCAGCACAAGUCGAUGAUUAUGGAAGCACAGAUGAGUCUCCGAUAGCCAAGACUAAAGAAUAAGGUUCCAGACAUGGAUGAGAAUAUACGUGAUCGAUAUUAAGUUUUAGUUUUUUGGAUUUCUAUUGUACCUCCUCGUAUAUUAUAUGUAUAAAUGGUUUGGAAUAAAGUUUGUGCUUGAUGAACUUAGAUGUGCUAUAUUGAGGUAUUGAUUAAAAUUAGUACUAAAUGAGCAUUUUCUCUUGAAAUAAAUAUCGUUAACAAUUGCAUGAACAA